AUGUUUGGUACAUUGCAUCAGAGGUCCGGCAAUGAGGCAGAAUUCAUCGAGAGACCCCAUGGGUCUUCCAAUCUAGAAAGAAACUCGGCUUGUGAUCGAUGCAGAGCAAAAAAGGUGAAAUGCAACGGUACCCAGAAUGGUUGCAGCCGAUGCGAGUCUCUGGGAAAGAAGUGCAGAUUCAGCGAGAAACCUACAAACAGGAAACCGUGCAGAGGCGACUUCAACAGAACCCAGCGGCAGCCUUCUAUCCAAUCUGUGCCUGACCCGUCAUUUUCGUCUUGGUCGACCAUCACUAACACAGAAAACGACAAUGGCACCUCAUCAGACGGCUGGUCUCAUUACUUUGAGUCACACCCAGAUGGUAAAACUGACAAUGCCGUAAAGCGUCAACUGGAAUCACGGGAGCAGCAGCCCAACCGCUCUACGAACGUGCAGACUACUCUUGACCCGUCUCAUAUCUCCGUUCUCGAUCGAAUGUCUACCGGCCAGUUCACUGGGCCUAACCCGUCGUCUUCACCGUUCGGAAAUGAUCGCAACACGCAAUCUGAGCCGAGUCGACCUGCGACUGCCAGAAGCUCUGAAAACACAUCACCGCAGUCGCUGCCUUUGAGCACGGGCUUUCCAGUAUCACGGAGCGACCUCCAAUUUUCUUUUCAGCCCCAGAGUUCCGAAAUUCUCAAGACAGGCCCCAAUGAUGCCGGGACGGAAUCGGAGACGCUCAUCUUGGCCUCGUUGGCAUUCUCGGCCGAAAGCUCCGCUACCACAGGUUGCUACUGCUUAGCCGCGACCGUCUUUGCCGUGGAAGAAUUGGAGAAUAGCUACAUGAGCGGCAAACGCGCCGAGCUAGACUCUAUCGUCGCGUGUCAGAAGCAGGCUAUAGCGUGCUGUCGUUCGCUGAUGCGGUGCGGAGCAUGCAUGGCUAGGAGAGACACUGUUGUUCUGUUGGUUCUGAUGACUGAAAAAGUUGUCAUGGCUUGCGAGCGUAUAAGUCUCCUGUUUCAAGCCAGAAACAAUAUUAGCUUGAGUGCUCCGGGGUUGCGCUCACCCUUGGAUCACGCUUCUCCUUACGGCACAGGCAAAGGCUUAGGCCUUCUUACACCACCAGCAUUCUCAAUGGACGACGCUGCGCAACCCAGCCUGAGCGGCACCCCGGAGCCAAUCCACACACCGAAAGGCUGGCAGGAGAUUUUUCUCGGAGACUAUGAAAUCACAUGCCCUCGGGAAUGGCAGACGCUCAUCCGCGCUAUUAUUCUGCUCCAGUUGACGUCGCUGACGGAGAUGCUUGUGGACUUGAAGAGCGUUGGUAGCACGCUUCUGGGCGAAACGCAGAUGCUCAGCCUGACUCGGGCGAUUUUGAAGCUUGGCGAAAUUGAGGCGGCGAUUUAUACAUUAUAG